AUGGGCUGUACCAGCUCUGGCAAUGGUCCGAUUGAGCCAAGAAAGCCAGUCACCGGCUUGCGCAAGCACGUCGGAGUGCACGACCUCCGGCGAAGCCACCGCGGCGUCGUCCGCCUGCGGAAUGAUGCGGGCGAGGACCUCCAGGUUCGCUUCGCUGAGCCGAACCUCUUGGGCAGAUCGCUGCAGGUCUUGGAUUUGCCAAAAGGGGAGUUCCUGACCUUCGACCCUGGUGACUCUUGGAACUUCGACUUCCAUCUUUCGGUGAACGAGGGCAAGCUUCGUGCUCAUGUCUUGCGCGGGGGUUCGUAUGCGGUACAACGUUCCGAAAACUGGAGCUUGGAAACUUUGUCACUACCGAGUCGGCAGAAGAGCGAGAAGCUCUCGAAGCUGAAGGGCCUCACGGUUUCGCUGUCGGCGUCGGGAUGGCUGGUGAUCUACCAGCUCGGAGUCGCGGAGUGCCUGCAGAAUCAUGGCAUCACCCAGAACCCGUACGUGCGCGUCUCGGGGGCAUCCGGCGGUGCUUUGGCUGCCUGCGUCAUGAUGUACGGCGCCAACCCCCGGAAGCCUUUGGAGGUGCUCCUCCGGUGCGCGCAGAUCCUGCACGCCAAGCCCGAGAAGGCGUUUUUACUGAGGAAGUUCGUCCUGCAGGCGAUGCAGGAGGUGAUUUGCGAUGGGUCCUUUCAGCACCCGGUCUUUGAGACACAACGCCUGGAGAUCGGAGUCUCUUCCACUCAGAGCAAGGGCCCGGGCCGCUUUCUCAACAUGAUGUGGAAUGGCGAGGAGCAUCGGCUCAAGGAGUUUGCGAGCACUGCCGACAUUGCCGUGGCCUUGCUGGCAUCCUCCACCUGCGGCAUCUCUGGUCUCCCAUUUACGUUUCAAGACGAGAAGGGUGAGGAACGGCAGGUUGCAGACGGUGCCUUCAGGAACUUCCUGCCGGCCUUUGAUGAACACUCGAUCACGGUAAAGCCGUUUUGCGCCGGAGUCGACAUGCUGGGUUUCACAGGGGACAAGGCUGACGUGGGGCCUUCCGAGUAUGUGCCAGCCUCUUUCGGGGUUUUCCCACCACCCGUCGCGAUGUUGGAGCACCUUUACGAGCUCGGCUACCAGGACAUGGAAACAUGGCUGGACCUGCAUCUGGAAGAGCGCGCAAGAGAAGUGGCCCAGCAGGCUGCUGAGCAGGAUGACCUGCCGCCCGUGGCAUUCACCUGUGAGAAUAAUGGCAUGCUGUGGCACAAGGAGGUUCUGCAACGGGUGCCCGUGAAGUGGGCGGACAUGCUCAAUUCCCGCAACUUCCUUGCGGACAAGACGACGCCAGUCUUACGCCAAGGCCCACUGGAGUUGAGCGACCUCGGCUUUGUUCUGCCGGACGGACAGACCGGAGCCAACACUGACCCCACAGAGGUGACCGGUGUGAAGAGAUGGAUGGUGUUGACUGACCUGGAUAUGCGAUGGCAAGAAAGCGAGGUCAACGUGGACCUGAGUGACGAUGAGGAGCAGCAGAGGGUCGAUUGGAUGAUUCGGGAGCUACAAGCUCCAGCUGGCUUUGAGAGAUCACAAGAGAAGUUUCUCCGAAGGCUCACCUCUGGGCGGAUCCACUUGUCCUGGAUCUCGGAUGCGUUCGUCGAUGAGAAGUGCCGCAGGUGUUCCAUCGACACUCCGGAGAGGCACUUUGUGGUGAUCACAGUCAACUAUUCCCUGACUCUCAGGGCCCAGUCGCAUGAAGAUGCCGUUGCUUGGACUACAGCGUUGAGGGAUGCACUUGCGGCCGUCGGAGGCUAUGAUCCCAAAGCGGACAAGGCUGUCACCGACCCACAGAGUGCAGAAUGCAAACUCUUCCUUCACUCCUUGAGGCCCGCGAUGUUUGUGCAAGCAUCUGUCGGCAAGACGGUGCACAGGACGCUGAUGGCAGAGGGCAGCCUGAGCCCCACGUGGCCCUCAAGCAAUGAGUUCACUUUCCCAGUGGGCGCCGAGGACGGUGAGCUCCAGCUGGAGGUCAUCAACUCCUCGGUGGCAGCCAACGAGAAUCUGGGAUCAGUGGGGCUAGCGCUUUGGAACAUCCCUCAAUCUCAGUGGCUGCAGAGACGAGAGAAGCUCGGGGGAGGAAGGGGCGAGUUGGAGUAUGCCUUCCUCUUCCAGCCAGCAAAGGUGUCCACGGAGGUGCCCCAGCCAGGAGUCGCAGCACCGAAGGCUGAACCUGAAGCUCCACCAGUGCCACCGCCGGCACUGGGCGGACCCCAUGCUGGCAGCUACGGAGGCCCGGCUCUGGUUGGCGCUCCCUUGGGCUUUGGCCCACAGUUUUCUGGCCAGCUUCCGGGAUCUCUGGUGGCGGGAGAGCUGGUCCUGCCCCCUUUGACAGCCGGCUGGGAGGCAUUCAAUCCUGUCCCUCGUGCGCCCGGAGCCCUGCGGUCAUUGCCGCCGCCUCCAGUGAAGGAAGAGCCAAGGAUGGAAGAGCACCAGGCGCUGUUUCCGGACAUGUUCCACUAUGAGAAAGAUGAGCAUGAAGCUGAAGAGCUCUGGCUCAAACCCCCGGAGCGUGGCAAGGCAGAUGAGCUCCUCGGGGCGGACCGGGACUUCGAAGUGCUGGCUUCCACAGCUGAGAGGUGGCGGGCACCGGUCUUGACCCCUGUGCACCUGGAUGUCUUCCACGACAAGGUCUUCCCUGACAUGGAUGUGAGCCUGGUGAUUCAGCCCGAGGGCCAGCAGAGGAAGAGGGAGAUGCCGGCACGGGAGGUGAAGACGCGGAGGAAUGAACGGCGCAACAAAGGGCUGCCCGAGGUCCCCGUUGAUGGUUGGCUGGACAAUGCCCAGAUCGCCAAGAAGGGAGGGCAGGGAGGGCCUCCCCAACGUCAGCCUCUGAGGCAGCUGAAGGGAGUUACGGAGAAGCAGAACCAGAGCGAACAACCCCAUCCACCUACUGGAACGCAGGAGGCCAAUUUGCCCAAGUCCGUGUCGCCGAUCUUGGAGGCGCGCAGCAAGCGCCGUCGCGCGAAGCUGAAGGUGGAGCGGGAGCUGGUGCGUCCGGAGCAGGCACUCGACAUCGACCAGCAGCUGCAGAGCCCGGAGAUGGUCUCGCUCGACCCGCAGCUCCAGCCCAGGCAGUACAAAGCGCAGGUGGUGAGCCACUUGGAGUCCGAAGAGGCUGCUGGCGAAGAGAGGCAUGUCUGGGUGCGCACGCCUGCGACGGAGCCGAAUGUCAUGGAGGCACCGCAAAAGUGCGCUGUGGGAGAGCAAACAUGUCUGGCACAUGAUGAAAGCACGAGCUUCUGCCAUGGAUUCCAAGCUCAGUCCAAGCUCAAGACGGCGCCCAAAGUGGCCCUGGAGAUGAGGAAGCAAAGAGAGCACGUGGCCCCUGCCCUGGCCCCUGCGCCCCGCUCGUUGCUUUUCAGCGUGCCCAUGGAUGACCUCUCCAUCAACAUCUCCGGCCUGGCCCCAGAGGGUUCAGCCACAUCCCAGCGCAGGAAGCGGAAGCCCGCAGAGCCGGAGCGCAAGUCCAAGCAGGCCAAGGUGAUGGAGGCCUUCAAGCGGACACAAGCUUCGGUCACGCCUCAGACUCCUCAGGCCCACCAGAAAGAUGGGCUCGGGAUUGCGGACCCGAAGGAGAGGAAAAAGACACAAAAGAAACGAGAGCUGCGAGACCGGCGAAGAGGAGAAGUGUCGAGCAAGGGUUCCCAGCAAUCGGGCUCGAAGAUCAAGAGCGUCAAGCCCAAGCCGGCCAAGAAGCCCAAGACGCCCGAGGCCCGUGAGAGGCCCGAUGCUGCCGCUCUCAAGGAGAGUGGCAUCGUGUCGGAGACCUCCUUCGCUGCCUUGAAGCUGCAUGGCUCCUUGCUCCGUCAACUCGAUUACCUGGGCUUUGCAGACUGCACACCCAUCCAGGCUCUGGCUGUUCCCAGGGCCCUGACAGGAAAGCGGGAUGUGAUGCUGCGGGCCCCAACGGGCUCGGGGAAGACCUUGGCUUUCCUUCUGCCUGUCUUGCAUCAGCUGCUGGUCGUCCCCGGUGGCCUCGACCGCAGGAAGGGGACCCUGGCCACGGUCCUGUCGCCCACGAAAGAACUGGCGCUCCAGACGCUGAAGGUGGCCUCUGAUCUUGCGCGAAUGGUGCCAUCCCUCGUCUGCGGCGCAGUGGCAGGCGGUGAGAAGCCCAAGAGCGAGAAGGCUCGCAUCCGCAAAGGGCUCGUGCUGCUGUGUGCUACUCCCGGGCGCUUGGCCUACCAUCUCGAGCACACUGCCACAUUUGUGGUCCGCAACAUCAAGUGCCUUGUGCUGGAUGAAGCGGAUCGGCUUCUGGACAUGGGCUUCGAGCCGCAGAUCCGGUCGAUUCACAAAAAGAUCUUGGAAGCUGCCAAGGAGGGAGAGAAUGGUGAAAGCCUUACUGGACCGGUACAGACACUCCUGGUGUCGGCAACACUGGUCCCGGCAGUGAAGCAGCUUGCAGAGUUCUGCCUGCGUCCAAAGGCCUUCUGGGCAGAUGCGGAGGCCGAUACGAAGGAGGAAGCCGGCGAGACAGGGACUGUGGCAGUCGGCCGGGAGCUGAACUUCGCGGCCCCUUCCACUUUGACCCAAUGGUACGCCGUGGUCCCAGGCAAAGAGCGGCUCCCUGCACUGCUUGCUGCGAUCCUGUCCAGGGUUGGGGACAAAAAGUCGAUUGUCUUCUUCUCGACUGGUGCUUCGGUGGACUUCCACUGCGACCUGCUUCAGGACGCAUCCUGGCCUUCGCGCAGCGGCCUGCAGAAGAAAGCAGCAGGCCCAGCCAUCAAAAAGCUGCAAGGUCGCUUCGUUGGCCUCGCAAAGGAUGCGAAGCUUCUGAAGGAGGACGAGGAGGACGAGGAGGACGAGGAAGACGAGGAGGAGGGGGAGGACGCUGACGCUGCCCAAGAAGACCCCGAAGGGGUCAACACCGGUAAAGGCGGCGGAGGUGGUGGAGAGAAAAUGCUGGCGAAGACGAAAAUCUUUAAGCUACACGGGAGCCUCUCGAAGGAGGAACGAGCCGGCUAUAUCUCCGAUUUCCUGAAGGUUCCUGGCGGAGUGCUUCUGGCAAGCGAUGCUGCUUCGCGCGGGCUAGACUUCCCACAGAUAGAUUGGAUCAUCCAGUAUGACCCACCGCAGAGGACAGAAGAGUAUCUACACCGUGUGGGCCGCACGGCUCGCAUCGGUAAACGCGGCAGCGCGCUGCUCUUUCUACAACCGAGCGAGCUCGGCUUUCUGGACGUCCUCCGUGGCCGUGGCCUCACAGACCUUCGGGAAAUGUCUUUAGAGGAACUGUUGGCGGGCCUACGGAGCACGGCACCCGCUUCGCUCCUGGGCGCCAGGGACUUGCAGGCCCUCCUCUCGGCUCACCUCGCGGGCCGCGUGGGCGCACAGGCGGCGCUGGCCUCCCGGGCACGCUCGGGCUUCUUGUCGUCUCUCAAGGCCUACCGUUCCUUUCCCCGGGAGCUGCGGGCAUCCUUUCCCUUCAAAGAGCUUCACCUGGGGCACUUGGCCACCAGCUUCGGGCUCCGCGAGGCACCCCGCGAGGUGGUGCAGAGGGACCGGUAUGAGCGGACUGCUGCGGCAAGCGAGAAGGGCCCGCGCCGCCCGAAAGACGGGGGCCCGAAAGGCAAGCGGCCAACUGGACUCAAGAAGGGCACCGGCAAAGGCCGAAAAGGCCAAAAGGGCCCCAAGGGCCCGAAGGGCCAAAUGGUGGGCACCGGGAAGUCUGGCAAGUCCAAGGCUGGUUUCGGCCGCAUGGAUGCCGCAGACGAGUUUGUGCCGAAGGAUGACCAGCACUGGCUCGAGCCAUUCCAGUCACCGGACAUGCUGGUGGGCAUCUCGAGCCGCAGGGGCAAAAGAGGCAGUACUGACCCGCUGCCCUGCCAGGACUGCCUCAGCCUUACGCGCUUCGAUGAGGAUGUCCUGUACGUGGUCAGCGAUGGGCACGGCCCAUUUGGGCACUUGGUCGCCUUCCGUGUCGCGCAAAGUUUGCCCUGUUUCCUGGAGCGACUUCUGGCCGCGGGAGCGCAGCCCGAAGAAGCCCUGGUGCAGGUCUUUCCGCAGGUGGCCGAGGAUGUAGCCGCCUUUGCCAAGGCAAGAUACAUCGACAUUUCAUCGUCCGGAGCAACCUGCAGCCUGGCGUUCCGGCGUGGUGCCGAGGUGAAAGUGGCUUGGCUUGGGGACUCGCGCGUCUUGGUGGCGACCGUCACCGCCACAAGCCGACGGGUCGACUUGGUCACUCCGCCUCACACCACGGAGGACGUCAAGGAGCUGCAGCGUUCUCGGAACAGCGGUGCCAAGCUGGUUCAGGUCCCACCAAAUUCCGGACAUGUACGCCUCUUCACGCCGGGCGAGCGCUACCCGGGCCUCUACGCAACCCGCGCUUUCGGAGAUCUCGCUGGGCAGGCUCUCGGCGUCAUCUCGCAACCCGACAUCCGCAAGACAUCGUUCGAAAGGACACCUGGCUUGGUCUUGCUGGGGUCUGGCGGCUUCUGGGAAAUGCUGGAUGACUCCAGGCCUGGCGAAGAAGCCUUGCAGCUGCUGACAACCUGCCGCUUGAAGGAGUGUGGCCCUCGCAUUGCGGCUGGCAAGCUUGCGGCAGAGGCUCUGUCCAGAUGGCACCAGGCCGCCGACGGCUGCUCAGACGACGUUUCCUGCAUCCUGCUGCACUGGACGCAAUCGCCUGCGCUUGAGGGAGGACCUUGUCCGCAGCAUGUUGCGGGUGCCCUUCCGGCAGCGGCUGCAGUAGCGGCAGCCUCACCGUGCCGCACAAUGCCUCAGGACUCAGCUUUGGCUCCAGACACGUCACUCUGUCCCAAGGACUUCGAGCAACAGAUCUUGACCACCGCGGAGGUCUCGGGUGCUAUCGGCGCAUGGCUCCGCGAGCCGCUUUCGGACAAUCGAAUCAGCUUGAAGCGCUUGGACACCGCAGGACUUAUCCAGGCGCUUCCAGCGUUCCAGGAGGGCUGCCGUGCUCAGGCCAGCUUUUGCAGCCGCCGCGGCGUGGAGCAGAGCAAGGAUUGCUUCAGCAUUACCCGCCGGGCUGGUAUGGCCCUCUAUGUAGUGUGCAACGGCUUCGGUCCACUUGGCCAAGUCGUGGCCUUCCGAGUCGCGCAGAGCAUCCCAAAGUACCUCUUCGAGGCAUCGCAGGAGGUGCCAGAGCAGCCAGAGCAGCUCGUGGCCCGCGCCUUCCAAGCCGCAGCUGCCGAGCUCACGCGCUUUGCAGAUGCCGCCAAGUGUGACCUCGCGGAGUCUGGCGCCAGCGUGGCAGCCGUCCUCCGGCAGGACAACUCCGUCCACUUGGCUUGGCUGGGGGAAAGCCGUGUGCUGGUGGCCACCACCGCUGGGCAGUUCAGCCGCGUGGAUCUUCUGAGCCCUCAACACACGUCGGAAGGUUCGCUCUUGAGGGCCUUUGGCAAGGCUUCGUCAAAGCCCGACUUGGCCAAGACCUCCUUCGACUCGACUCCAGGACUGGUCCUGCUCGGCUCGGGCCACCUCUACCAGUCCAUGUCCGGAGAAGAGGCUUUGGGAGUUCUCCGCCAAGAUGCUCCUCUUAGCACGGCGGCAGGCAGCCCUGCCAAAGGUCCGGACCUGGGCAAGCUGUGCGACUCCUGGCAGAAGACGUGGGAUGGCAGGACGAACCUGAUGUGCUUCCUUCUGUGCUGGAGCGAGGAGUCUUCUCAGCCCGCCCCGCAGGUGGUGCCAAGCAGUUUGCCAGCAGCUCCAGCAGAUUCUUCUCCUACAAGGUCUGCCCAUGAAUCUGCGAUUCUGGCGGGCAAAGCACGCUACCUGCAGGCCAAGCCCCUGAGCGAAGCUUUGCAGGCAUGCCCUGAAGCGCCGACUCCUCCACAGCCAGCUUCGCCAACCAAGGCGGAGGCCUUCCAUUGCCCGCAGUGUGGCACAAGGAUCCCGGCAACCGCGCGGUUCUGCAAAAACUGCGGACACAAGCUCGACUUGUCGGAGCCGGAGGCGCCGGCGCGGCAGGCAGCUGCGGCCACCCAGCCGUCCCUUCCGCACCUCAGCGAGGCGUCCAGGACAUACCAGGGAGCCGGCCCUUCGGCAGUCCCUCCGGGCCCUAUGGUCGGGCCCACGCCUACGGUCCCAGCCGCAUCGGCCGAGCUUGCCAGCGGCCCUGUGCUGACGCCCAACUUUGCCCCAGUGACUGGGAAAGCGCCAAGCUUGGCGGCCCUGGCUUCAGCGCCCGCGAAGCGCCUGGAUGCUGCACAGAGGUAUGCGCUGGCAGCCGGCAUGCCGGCACUCACGCCACAAUUUGCUCCAGUUCGCCAAAGUUGA